CAAAAGAAGGAAAGACACGGAGGAGGGGGAGGAAAAAAAAACCCGAGGGAAUCUUGUAAUGGCGACGGGUUUGUCAGAUAAUUUGAAGCACCCUACAAUGGUUUGGGAAGUAAAGACAAAUCAGAUGCCUAAUGCAGUACAAAAACUUCUGUUAGUGGUGGACAAGAGAACUUCAGGGAUGAAUGAAUCAUUGGAAUUGUUGAAAUGUAAUGAGAACCUUCCGUCUUCUCCUGGAUAUGCAUCUUGUGAUGAGCACAUGGAGCUUGAUGAUCUGCCAGAACUGCAGGCUGUUCAUACUGAUUCUACCCCACCUGCACUUUUCCAGCUGAGUGCUAAUGUCUCCCAUCAGGAAUAUUCAAGGCCUUUGUGGAAGCAGCAUACCUCAAGCAGCAGUCCAGAAAGUUCUUACGCUUGUGAGAAUGGAGUGAACUGGUUGACAGAGUUGGCAAACAUAGCCACUAGUCCACAGAGUCCUCUAAUGCAGUGCUCUUUUUAUAACAGGUCAUCUCCUGUUCACCUGAUAGCUACAAGCAAAAGUUUACAUUCCUAUGCACGCCCUCCACCAGAACCCUCUCAGAGUGAUUCUGGUUUUCCCAGGCAUAAUAUUGAUGCAUCACCAGUCAGACAUGAAAGGACAAAUAGCGAAUCAGAGUCUGGCAUUUUCUGUAUGUCGUCGCUGUCAGAUGAUGAUGAUCUAGGCUGGUGCCACUCCUGGCCUCCAACUGCCUGGCAUUGUUUCCUUAAAGGAACACGUUUGUGCUUCCACAAAGGGGCAAAGAAAGAAUGGAAGGAUGUUGAAGAUUUUGCUAGGUUCACAGGCUAUAAAAAUGAAGCUGAUGAUUCAAUGACUUCUUGCAAAGAAUAUGGUUCUGAUGGCUUGAAGUUGAUCUCACAUGAAGAAAUUGUUUCAUUUGGAGAGUCUGUACUAGAGUUAACGUUUGACCCAGGCACAGAAGGAGAUUGCUUGCUUACUGUGGAAUGUAAACUAGAUCACCCUUUCUACGUCAAAAAUAAAGGUUGGUCCUCUUUUCAUCCAAGCCUGACUGUGGUUCAGCAUGGUAUUCCAUGUUGUGAAAUGCAUAUUGGAGAUAUAUGCCUACCUCCUGGACACCCAGAUGCAAUUAAUUUUGAUGAUUCAGGUGUUUUUGAUACAUUCAAAAGUUACGAUUUCACACCGAUGGAUUCCUCUGCCGUCUAUGUGUUGAGCAGCAUGGCCCGUCAGAGGCGCGCUUCUCUAUCGGGAGGAGGGCCAGGAAGCCAAGACUUUGAAAGAUCAGAGUGCAGCACAAACUAUGGGCUCGCUCAGCCAUCACAGAUUUCAUCCCAUUCUUUGUACAGAAAAGCUGGCAAAAGCCACAGCUCAGGGACUGCAACUACUGUGAGUGCCACUUCUCCCAACAAAUGCAAAAGACCAAUGAAUGCCUUCAUGCUUUUUGCCAAAAAGUACAGAGUUGAAUACACUCAGAUGUAUCCAGGAAAAGAUAACAGAGCCAUAAGUGUGAUACUUGGUGACAGGUGGAAGAAAAUGAAAAAUGAGGAAAGGCGGAUAUACACCUUAGAAGCCAAGGCUUUGGCUGAAGAACAAAAACGUUUAAAUCCUGACUGCUGGAAACGGAAAAGGACAAAUUCAGGUUCACAGUAAGAGUACAUUGGGAUUCUCCGAAUACAUGGCGGUGGAAGACUCGAUCACUGUUUCAUGGCCUGUUGUGAAGGUGUGAACAUAAAACGCCUCCAGCGUUCGGUAAUUAGGAACGCUGAUUUGCUUAUCACAGUAGAGCAUUAAGCAAGCUAAAAAAAAACUAUCAACAUUUUAAACAACCAAAUUGCCUUAUUUUUCUUCCAAACUACAUUAUAUGUCGAUCAGGUGUAAUAGGCUUGAAAAAUGGAUAUCCUGUGGUGCUAAAAGAAUAGCGGGAAGAAGAGGAGCUUUGUAUAAAUGUUUGUUUU